GAGAGAGGAGAGAUGGCCGCGUCACUCCCUCUACUCGUAAGGCCGAAGUCCUGUGGGAUCGGGGCCCCACCCUGGUGACCUCACUCAGCCUUACGUGCCUCCUUGAAGACCCCAUCUCCAAAUACGUGGAGGGGGUCAUUAUCAGAGACCCUCACACACAUGGCCUCACGUGGGGGCCCAUCAUCGUCAUGAAGCCAGAAGAAGCAGCUGAGACCAGAAAGUCACAUGAUGGUUCGAGUUCACUGGGUGUGGAAGACUAGGUGGCUGGUGCUGCGCAAGCCGUCGCCGGUGGCAGACUGCCUGCUGAUGCUGGCCUACAAGGACAAGGCGGAGCGAGCCAAGGGCCUCCGGGAGCGCAGCAGCCUGACGCUGGAGGACAUCUGUGGCCUGGAGCCCGGCCUGCCCUACGAGGGCCUGGCCCACACGCUGGCCAUCAUCUGCCUGUCCCAGGCUGUCAUGCUGGGCUUCGAGAGCCGCGAGGCCAUGUGUGCCUGGGAUGCCCGGAUCCGCUAUGCACUCGGCGAGGUGCACAGGUUCCACGUGACGGUGGCACCAGGCACGAAGCUGGAGAGCGGCCCCGCCACCCUUCACCUCUGCAAUGACAUCCUUGUGGUGGCCAGGGACGUCCCCCCGACUGUCAUGGGGCAGUGGAAGCUGUCAGACCUCCGGCGCUACGGGGCCGUGCCCAACGGAUUCAUCUUUGAAGGCGGGACCAGGUGUGGGUACUGGGCCGGAGUCUUCUUCCUGUCCUCAGCCGAGGGAGAGCAGAUCAGCUUCCUGUUCGACUGCAUCGUCCGUGGCGUCUCCCCAACCAAGGGGCCCUUCGGGCUACGGCCGGUUCUCCCAGACCCGAGCCCUGGGGGACCCGCCACCGUGGAGGAGCGAGUGGCCCAGGAGGCCCUGGAAGCCCUGAAGCUGGAGAAGCGGCUCAGCCUCCUCGCCCACGCGGUCCGGCCCGGCAGCGGAGGGGAUGACCGCAGCCUGUCCAGCUCGUCCUCGGAGGCCAGCCACUCGGACGUCAGCGCCGGCAGCCGGCUCACCGCGUGGCCGGAGCCGCCCUCGUCCUCGGCCGGCACGUCGCAGGAGGGCCCGGGGCUGGCGGCUGCCCAGGCCUCCGGGGAGGUGGCGCCGGGCACCUCGAGGCCGCCCCCCAAGCCGCUGCGGCCGCGGCAGCUGCAGGAGGUCGGCCGCCAGGGCUCGUCGGACAGCGGCAUCGCCACGGGCAGCCACUCCUCCUACUCAGGCAGCUUCUCCUCCUGCGCCGGCAGCAGCCUGGACGUGUGGCGUGCAGGGGACGAGUUUGGCUCCCUGCUCAGCCUGCCGCCGGCGGCCGGGGUGCCUGAGCCUGGCCUGUGCGCCUGCCCACCGGGGACAGCCGAGUACCAAGUGCCCACGGCCCUGCGGCACCAUUAUGACACGCCGCGCAGCCUGCGCCAGGCCCCCAGGGACCAGAUCCCGGCCGUGCAGGGCGGCCCCGAGGACGGUGGGGCCGGGGACUUGGGUGGCCAGAUGUCUGCGGGGUGUCCCUCCGGCUGGCUGGGCGCAAGGCGGCGGGGACAGGCGAUGGAGGCCCUGGGCUGCGAGGCCCCUGGCGAGGGCUGGGAAGCAGGCAGCCCCCACGCUGGGCCUCCUGCAGCUUUCUUUUCCACCUGUCCGGUCUGUGGAGGACUCAAGGUAAACCCCCCUCCCUGAGAGCCUCAGGCCAGGCCCGCUGCCGCGGGGGAGGGGUGGGGGGCUGGGUUCUGCCCCUCCAGGCAGGAGGGGGCGGGGCGCCCUUUGUGCUGUCAGUGAAGUCAGCAACUGUGGGCACAGUGGGGAGGGCCUGGAGGGAGGGGUGACAGCCCCAGAACCUGCCCUCUGGGGAGCGGAGCCUGCAGGGAGGGCCCCCAGGACCUGGAGAGGCCCAGCAGCCUGCCGCUGAAAUGCGUUCUGGAAAGUGGGACGCUCGGGGCGGGGCAGGCUGGGGGCCCAUGGAGUCCCAAAGCCCGAGCGAGGAUCAGGUGCUGGGGGCACAGGCGGGCGCUGUGUCCUAGCCAGCUCGUGCCAGGCCCUUGGGGUGAUCAGGGCUGGGAGGCCCCUCGCUGGCCGCGGCCUCCCCCCUGUCCUGUUCCACCGCCUACCUGGUGGACGCCGUGCUUAACCUCUCAGAUCCGUCCCCUCCGUUGUGCACGGUCAGGCUGUCCGCUAAAACUCAGCUUCCUCCGCAGCAGUUGCAGACCCGGAUUCCCGGGACAGGCGUGUGGCACGGGGCGUGCAGGACAAGCUUUACUUGUCUGCCCCAUGCCUCCUCUGUGAAGCAGCACCACAGGGGGCCCAUAUUACAGGGCAGGAAACUGAGGCUCAGGAGGUGCAGGGACUUGUGGGGUCUGGGUCUCCUGCCUCGUGGACCUCCAUGGCUCACCCACCGGGCUGUUCCAGAACCUGCAGGCUCCCGGGCGAGGGGUGGGCAGGGAGGGCCCCGUGGCAGCCCCCCACUCCCCGGUGCAGGGAGCAAGGCGGUGAUGUCCUUGCAUUGGCCAGCCCAGCAGGGUCAGCUUGCCCGGAGUCCCCUGUGAAGGCCCCGGAGGCUGCAGCUCACGCCCCUGCCACCCUCCUGGCUGAGCCGGAGCCUAGUGGUCGGGACCAGAGGAGGCCAGGGCUCCGAGGGCCCGUUCAUUUGCAUUUGGCGGGCACGUGGGCGGCCCAGGGGUAAAGCUGCUUCCGGCGCCCUCCGUGGUCUGUCUGCUUGCCUGCAUGGCAGCUGCCGUGCCUGGUUUUGUACAUUCGUUCUGCAGUUCCGUGCCCCCGCGAGAGGCGGGGCCCGUGCCCAUGCGGUUCCAGACCCGGGCUGGCGCCGUCCUGCGCUGUCUGGAGCCAGCCCCCAGCCGGGGGGCAAACAGCUCGCCUGUAAAGAUUUUGCUCUGUACCUUUCCUGUCGGCUAAAGACCUUUGUUGCUCUCUGACGUCUUUAAAAUCUGACACUUUGUAAUACAUUCUUAGACUGGAAAUAAAAUGU